AUGCAUACACACCAUUCACAUAGUGGUGAUUAUGUAUCACAUGCCAAUGAUCCAUUAGAGGAUAUGGUAAACUUAUACAUUAAAAAGGGAUUUAAAACAUUAUGUUUGACAGAGCAUAUGCCUAGAAUUGAUUCAAAAUUUUUAUACCCAGAAGAACUUGAUAAGUCAUAUACUUCACAAAACUUGUUUGAAGAUUUCCACAAAUAUUUAAAUCAUGCUCAAGAGCUCAAAAUACGACAUAAGGAAAAGAUUGAUAUUAUAGUGGGAUUUGAAAUUGAAGGUAUUAAUCAAGAUCAUAUAAACUUAGCAUCCAGAUUAAUAGAUGAUCCAAAGCUUGAAAUGAGUGUAGGUUCAGUACAUUUUGUUCAUGAAAUACCUAUUGAUUUCUCAGAAGAUUUAUGGGUAAGUGCUAAACAAGCAAGCUUAGGAGGGUCAACUAGACUGCUAUAUAAAUCAUAUUUUGAAUUACAAUCUAAAAUUAUUGAUCUAAAACCUACUGUAAUUGGUCAUUUCGACUUGAUUAGAUUAUGUCAACCACAAGAUGAUUAUGACGAAACGACUAACAAGCUUACAAAACAAGUAAACAUAAAAUCUGACUGGCCAGAAGUUUGGGAACUUAUACUAAAUAACAUCAUUAAAGUGAUUAAAUAUGGUGGAUUAAUUGAGUUGAAUUCUUCUGCUAUAAGAAAAGGAUGGGAUGUACCAUAUCCACAAAAAGAUAUAGCCGAAGCUAUCGUUGAAGCUGGUGGUAAAUUUUGUUUAUCUGACGAUGCUCAUGCUUUGUCUCAAAUUGGACUAAAUUAUCAUAGGGUCUUGUCUUAUGCAAAGGAUCUAGGAAUCAAAAAGCUAUAUCAUGUUGAAUCAACAGAUGACGGUAUCAAGAUCGUCUCAGAUACCAUAGAAAAAAUAGAGUCUUCCCCCUUUUGGAAUCAAUACAAAUAG